UGACCUCGACCCUCUUCAAGCUCCUCAUUGGUCAGUUCGAGUCAGGACAGCUGAAAAUCCUCAGUGUUUACUGGGUGAGGCUGUGACAGAGCUCUUUAAACUCUGCUGUAGGACUGAGUCCACAGAGGAGAUUCCUGGAAGAGGAUACGCUGAAGAUGAGGGCAAAGAAAACAGUGAUAUCAGCUCUGCUUUGUCCAAGCUCACCGAGCCAGCAGCAACUGUGCCCAUUUCCAAACUGUCCGUCUCCAACAUGGUGCACAGUGCCCGGAAGCACAUUCGCCGCCAUCGACGCAUCGAUGAGUCGCCCCUUAACACCGAUAUACUCAAUUCUGUCCUUCUGUAUCUCUUUCCAGAUGCUGCUGUGGAGAAGUCUGACUGUAAGAAUAACUCUCAGCUGUCGAGCUCCUGUGGGACAUCAGAGCAAGAGAAAACCUCUGAUUAUAACCUUUUCCACCAGCUGAAGUCAGCACCCAGUGACAGUCUGACCUACCGUCUGGCUCUGUGUGUGUGUCUGGUCAACUAUUACUACGGUGGGCUGCGGGCUGUUGGACACCUCUGGCAGGAGUUUGUCCUUGAGUUGCGUUAUCGGUGGGAAAAUAACCAUCUUAUUUGUGGGCUGGCAGGUGGAGCUCCUGAUCUUCGCUGUUGUCUUUUGCAUCAGAAGUUCCAGAUGCUGAAUUGUUGUAUCGAAAGAAAGAAGGCCAGAGAUGAAUCUCACAAAGUACCCGAGGGGAAAGAAAAGGAACACAGGGUCUCAGGUGCCUGCCAGAAGAGCCGCCAAGGACCAGAGUGUGCAACCAGUGCUUCCAGUUCAACAAGAGAGGUGUCUCAAGGAAAAUCCUGGGACUCGUGGAGUGACAGCGAGGAGGAAUUCUUCGAGUGCCUGAGUGACCAGGGCGAGACUGAGGCGACACAAACUGAGGACCGCAGGGAGGGGAGUAAAAGCAGAGCUGAGGGCAGGCUGCACCCCUACAACAACAUGACUCUGCUCAACUCUGCAGAGCCUCUCUAUGUUCCCAUCACACAGGAACCAGCUCCAAUGACAGAGGACCUGUUAGCAGAGCAGUCAGAGGUACUGACCAAACUGGGCACAUCAGCUGAAGGUACCCACCUGCGUGCUCGGAUGCAAAGUGCCUGUCUGCUAUCUGACAUGGAGUCCUUCAAAGCAGCCAAUCCCGGCUGUGUCCUGGAGGAUUUUGUGCGCUGGUAUUCACCUCGGGAUUACGUAGAAGAGGAAGUGGUCGAUGAGAAGGGCAACACAAUGGUGACGGGGACACUCAGUCCCAGGAUGAAGAUCCCAGGCAACAUGUGGGUUGAGGCUUGGGAGACUGCCAGGGUCACACCUGCACGGCGCCAAAAAAGACUUUUUGAUGACACCAAGGAGGCCGAGAAGGUUCUGCACUACAUGGCAAUGCAAAAACCUGCAGACCUGGCCCGUCAUCUCCUGCCCUGUAUACUUCAUGCAACUAUCCUGAAGUUGAAGGAAGAAGAGUCUGCUGAAGAUAUUCCAUCAGUGCAAAAAAACAUUCAGCAAGCUACAGUUCAAGCGACCAAGCUCCUGCAGUGCCCCAGCCAGGACUACAAGAAGUUAGAGGAUUUGAUUAACCAGCUGCUGACCAUGGAGACAGUCAUCACUCAAGCUCGCUCGCUCAAGGCCAAGUUCUCCAUUCCUGAGGACGACAGCGGAGAGGCUGCUGAUGAACUGAAGAAGUUUGUGAGCUCCCUGCUGGAGGAACCAGAGGUGGUAGUGACAGGAGCAGGCCAGGGGCUGGCUGGCAGUAUAAUCCACAGACUCUUCAUCAGUGCUCAGAGGCUGGCUGACUUCACAACUGAUGAGGCUGCCCUCCUGGCGCCUGUCGAUGAGGACUUGGGAUCUGACAAGAAGCAAACUGGGGGAAGCAGCAGAGUACCAGACUUCCCUCCUCCAGCAGGCCGGGAGAUUUUGUUGCGCACCUGUGUGCCGCGACCAGCACCAUACUCCAAGGCGCUGCCUCAGCGGCUCUUCUGUGUCCUGAUGAGGGAGGAGUUUAGGUUGGCAGGAGCCUUCUCCACAGACACGUCCUUCUUUUAAGUCCUACAUUUGUGAACAGUUCACACCUUGGAUAAAGAUAAGUGAAGGACACAGGAUGGAGACUUUCACAUGUAUGAACCUGGCCAUGGAGUAAGAUCAUAGAAAUACAUUUCUUCAUUUGUUUGCUCGCUUUAUUGGUAAGAACAGUGCAAUAUUUCAGCAUCUACGGCUCGCCCAAGCUUAAAAGCAAGAAGCAGUAUAUUACUGGCAUUGAUUAAGAAGUAUUUAUGGCUUUGUCUGGAAAUAUGUGAAACUAAAUCCUUCUGUGUAUUCAUAAAGCUGCAGCUUUCCAUGGUGCUGUGGUAAAACAGUUUCACACUAAAACCUUCAUUUUACCUUCAAAGCUUCUCUUGGUGCCUUUUUAAGGAAAUUAAAUUCGUCGUUAGAAUGGAGUUACCCAUCCUGCACUCACUACACGCUAACACAACCUUCUCAACUCUGAUAUUUAGUAGAAAUAUAUUUCAGUUGCAGGGAUUGGUCCUGAUGGUAAACACGUCAGAGUCCGUGAGGACUUCAUGGGUCGUUUCAGCUGAGCUACAUCCUCCAGCAUGUCCUGCUGUUGCUGCAUGGAUUAACACACAGCUGUUUGUUUGCAUCCAACCAGAACUAGACCGUACAGUUCUUAUUUCUGUUCAUAACCUGAUUGUUCAAAUGUGAAGCUCUUUGAGGUGAUUUGACGUUGUAUAAAAACUGAAACGACACUUUACAGCUAACUGUGAUGUUUUAGGAGAUCGAGCUGGUUCCACGAGGCCAUCAGCGUGUCCGACUUCGUGUCCGACUUCGUGAGGGGAAAAUUUGUUUUGUAAUAUUUUCUUUGUUUUGUUAAGUGUGUAUCCAUCCCAUAAUUCAGCACACUUAACGACAGGGCAUUUUCUGAUUUGCUUUCAGUGUUCAUUUGAUUUGUUACUAAAGCAGCAGUCAGUGCUUUACAGUUCAUUAACUGUCGUCUUGUGUUUCGUCCUUCGUACCGCUGACCACCCACCCGCCUCUUCCUGUUGAAGGCUAACCUGAGUCCUUCCACCCACAGCUGCAGUGCACACACAGGAUUUUUGAUUUGGGGAAUGUUCUCUGUAAUAUUGUAGAGCUGAUGGCGACUGCUGUUGUUGGCACUGUAAAACAAUAAAGUUGAAUUGAACUAAAGUGAA